AUGAACCUUCCAGAUGUCUCGCCGGGACCGACACCCACUAAGCGCAGCUCUGCUGCCUGCGUUCACUGUUCCGAUCGAAAAGUAAGGUGUGACAAAGUCCGCCCAUGUAGUACCUGCGUCCGACACGGUGUGCCAUGCAUCUUUCCUCCGCCAAAGCCAAGGGUGCCUCGAAAGAGACGAAAAUGUGUCCACAUCGAAGAGUUUGAGAAGUUACUGAAGCGAUACGAAGCAAUACACCGAGACAAGAGCGUCGAACUCGACCAGUCUGAGGUCUUCGCAUCUUCGCAGUACGAGCAUCAUGUCACUAGCAGCCGCUCAGAGGUACCUCAAACCGUUCGGCGACUGACACCACCAGACUUAGCCGUCUCUGGGCUACAGACAACAAUCUUCAAACCUCGAUUGCUGCAGGGGCAGGGAGGUACGAAGCUUGUCCACAACAGCUUGUGGUCAAGAGUGGCCGAAGAGAUCCACGACGCAGGGGACCCACUUGAAGAAGACUCAACAGACGACACAAGCGAGGAUAAGUCGUCCCAGGAUGAUUUUGCUUACGUUCUAGGCUGCAACGCAGCCGUGACUACAUUCUCGCAUCCACCCCCUCAACUCAUCAAUCAGUUAUGGCAGAUUUUCCUUAGAAACAUCAAUCCACUUACGAAGGUGGUGCAUAUACCAAGCCUUCAGUGUGCAAUAGAGAAAGCAACCAACAGUAUCGAACAUAUCCCGAGAGGCUUUGAAGCACUCAUGUUCGCCAUAUAUACCACCGCUGUUUUGUCGCUUACACAAGAUGAAUGCAAACAAAAACUAGGGGAGAACAGAGCGAUACUGCUUCCCCGUUACGUGGCUGCUACAAAAGCAGCCUUAUCUCGUGCAAGAUUUAUGAGUAGCACUAGCCUUGUGGUUUUGCAGGCACUGGUGCUCCACAUUCUUUCCAUCCGAGACGACUACGAACCCCGUGCUGUGUGGAGCCUCACUGGAGCUGCGAUGCGUGUUGCAGAAGGUAUGGGUAUGGGCCUCGAUGGCACAUUGCUUGGCUUGCCUCCUUUUGAAACUGAAAUUCGUCGACGCAUCUGGUGGCUGCUUAGGACACACGACUUCCGCGCGGCAGAGUUGAAUGGUCAGCCCAAGUUCCGAAACUUCGAACUCGAUGAUACCACGCCUAAAAUGCCCGCUAACGUCAACGAUAGCGACCUGUAUCCUGCAAUGUCGCAAGCAGCUGUUGAGUCGGUCAGACCAACAGAGAUGAUAUGGUGCAUGGUCAGAUCGGCGAUGGCUACCUUCGCUGCUGGACAGACAGCAAAAAUAGUCAAACCACGAAAAGUCGCGUUUACCUGUGAUGAAUACGUGGCUAUGGACGACUUGGAGCGAAAAGACAAUUUUGUCAAGGGGAUCGAAGACAUGUUGGAGACAAAGUACCUGAGAUUUUGUGAUCCAGCUCAGCCUCUACAACUUAUGGCCCUUGUUGGUGGUCGAACAGCAACAAACCUUGUCCGAUUUAUGGCUCACCAUCCACGCCGAUGGGCCUACCAAGACCAUGUGCCAGAAUCAGAACGACAUUUUGUCUGGGGCGUUGUUACUCAGCUCCUAGAGCAGUACAACAUGAUGCAGUCACACCAACAUCUGAAGCGUUUCGCUUGGCAUGUGCCCUACUUCAUCCAGUGGCACGCUGUCAUCCACAUCCUGGACACACUCCGAGCAGAUCCCUUCCACAGCGACGCUCAGAGAGUUUGGCAGCUCAUUGACAUCUUGUUCGAAAACAAUCUAGAAAUAUUUCUGAGUAUCAACAGGCCAAUCAUCGCGGCAGUCGGCAAUCUUUGUUUGAAAGCAUUUGGCUGUCGCGAGGCUGCUUUGAGGACCGCGAAAAGAAGUCUCUCCCAUCCGCCGGAAUACAUUACCAAGCUUCGGGAACAACGAGACGCAGCAAAAGCAAGGAGAGAAGCAGUAGCUACAAGAAUUCAGGAGCAAGGGAGACUAAACAACCAAAACAUAUCGAGGAUGAUAGACAACGACUAUGCACUGUCAGAUACAAAAUCGAGAUCAGCAGAAGCACCCACUGCAGUUCAGCUGCAGCAGUUUAACAGCUUUCCAGGGAGCAUCCGGACUGAAGAUGAUGCAUUCUGGCUCACCGCUGCCCCAAACGAAGGCUUUCCCACUGAUGGAGCAGCCGACAUGACGAGCCUAUAUACGGAUGCCAUUCUGGCACAAGAUUAUUCGCUUAAUGUCCCCAAUGAGGAUGCCAUGGACUGGGAACGAUGGGAUACCUGGUUUGGCCAUCUAGACCCUUUACAUCCAAAAAUCGUCCCGCGACCAGAACGGCGGAUCAGUGUCCAGAGCCUGAUCUCGAAGUGA